AUGGAUCCGGGUUCUUCGCUGGAUUACAACACCCGCCACGGUAUCCUCAAGCCCGACAUCCCCUAUGCUAAUAUUGACUCUUACUUCACCGUCCGCGAGCACUUUCCGCCUCAGCCCCGGCAGACCUUCGACCUCCGUUUGUCUGGACCCGAGCAGGAGCGACGAAUAACAACGGACAUUCUGACUCGGUGCAUUGAGAACAGUCCGGAUUCUGGUGAGAUGGGCACGCAGAAACUCACUCUCCGGACCCUCAGGGUGCUACAGGUCCGCGAUGGGUCGACUUCGCAGGUGGUGCUGGUUAAAAUCAUUAAGGGUGACCUCGCCAACAUGCUGGUAGUCGCCAAGUUCUAUGAUCCACUGUACUACAACCACCGGAAAUCUGAAGUCGAUCCGUUCCGCUGCGUCGAGGAGGAGUAUACCCGGGAGACGGCGGUUUACCAACACCUGCAUCAGCAUGGCCUGAGUGACUAUAUUCCCCAAUUCUGCGGAUCCUAUUCGCUCGACAUGCCAGUUCCCAAUAGAGGCAUUCGUCAGGUGCGUCUGAUCCUCGUGGAGUUCAUGUCGGGGUUCCCCAUGGACCGUCUUCGUCUCGACCGACUCGCCGUGGAGACCCGGCAACACAUCAUGGAGCAGAUCGUCAGAGCCGAGUCCAGAUUCUACGCCGUCGGCGUGCGGCACAAGGGCCUUUGCAGGCGUAUCAUCAUGGUCGAGGGAGUCAGGAACCACGACCCUACCUGUCGACCGUACAUCACUAUAACUGACUUUGGGCAAGCGUAUAUCGGUUGCGCCACUCGCGAAUCUCGCUGGUCGCAUGAGGACCGCCUCCUCCCCAUUUACAUCACUCCUAUUAUCCGCUGGUCUUGCGGCUGCGUGUCAAAGAAGAACGAUUUCGUAAAAUGGUGUGAUUGGGACUGGAAGGACUGGCUGUGCAAGACAUUCGCCAAGGACGACCAGCAACCAUACCACUCCACAGAUGGCCAAAAGGGCCUCCGCCGAUGUUCGUGGGGAUAA